ACUUACGAUUGUGCGUGAUAAGUUUGAUUUAGACUGGCGAACUGUUGUCGUUUUAAGCCCUCUGAAUUCCGUCAGAAUGUCGUGUGCCUUGCAUAUUUAAACGUCUGUUACCCCCACGCUCUGCUCUUGCGAUAAUUCUGUUUCAGAUUUUCAGCAUUUGUCCACCGUUAGUGUUUCACAAGAGCGGCAAAGGGGGAAGCAAUACAAGUGAAAGUUGACCAGCUUCACGCGACGUGGCAGGGAACGGCUCCUGACUGUGUGUGUUAAUUGUGCGUGCAUUCGCCGCAACGAAGUGUCCCCAAGAAACAGUGGAGGAUGAUUAAGAAGUCGGAGCCUGAUGGCGAGAGCGGAGAGAAAGAAGAGGAAGGCGGAGGGGGAGAGAAGACCAAGAAGCGAUCAGAGACCCCCACCAAGGCCAAGGUGGUCAAGUGGCAAUAUGAUGCCGAUGCAUUGCACAAGCUUCGAUACAGCCCAGGUACCAAGAAGAGACCCCUGUGCUUAGCUGAGGAGUAUUGCGAUGAUAAUGGUAUUUGGGAUCCAGAGAAGUGGCAUGCUGCAUUAUCAGGGAAGAGGUCACGUGGUCCUUCACCUUUGACCCUCCAGGAAGGAGGUCGGGACAGAAAGAAAUUUCCAGGUGAUGUCAAAGAUCGCCUGAAAGACGAUAAGGACGGUAUCAUUCUGAGCCCCCAGCGGCGUAGCUUCGGCCACGGCUGCAGCGUCACCACCCCGCUCAACACCUCCCUGCCCGCCCACCUGGGUGCCAACUUCAGCGAGCGGGGAGAGGGGAAGGAGGCGGUGGCCCGCAGCGUGCCCGCCCGGCGCAUUGGCAGCGGCCGCAUCAUUACCCGCAACCGCUCGCUGGACCAGGAGGAGUCCGAGACGCGGGAGCGGAGGGAGGCUGGGAGAUACGAGGACAGGGGGAACCAGAGGGUGUACAGCAGGCGGGGUAGCUACGGCAAUGCGGACCGGUCAUGGAGGACCCCAAAACAAGAGGAGCCUGAGUGGUUCACUGAAGGUCCUGAGAGCCAGUCAGACACUAUCGUGCUUCGUGGUUUCAGCAGUAAACUCCUCGAAGACAGCGAUAGUGACGCAGAAACCAAGGAAGCUGGAGGGCCGUCGGUUCAGAAUCGCAACGGCAGCAUGGAGACGGCCAGCUCCAGCUCCCCAGACCUGAGCCGGGAGAGACCAGAGACCAUGCCAGAUGCCCGGCCCAACACACCCGGCAAAGAGUUUGACAUCAACGACUUCUUCAAGUUCGCCGAUCAGAUCCCCAUGCCGAUGGUAGCAAGCCCCGAGGAGACGGAGCGAUCGGGCAAGAGUCGUUUCAGUCACCUGUUCACGUCGACAGUGAGCCGCAGCCGCAGUAACAGCAACAGCCGCAGCAAUAGCAGGAAGUCCUCGCUGCACGAGGAUGAGUUGGACUUCUUAAAUGAACUGACAGGUCGGAGCAGCCCUGCGUUGAUGUCCCCCGCCUCCGUCUUCACCCCAAUCAAGCCCACUGGCGACCACGCCCUGCACCACCCACACCACCAACGCCCGCACCACCAGCCGGAGGUAAGCGGCCAGACCCAGCAGUCCCUGCUGCACCUGCUGCAGAGUGGUCAGGCACUGCCCAUGCAACAGGGUCACUCAGCUCCACCAGGCCCUGUGAAAAGUCUCGCUGAAAUUGAGGCGGGCCUGAAGCAAGCCUCCCUCACCCCGAAGCAGGACCGCGGCCGGUCCACACCCCCUGCUGUCCCCCUAGCCAGGCAGGCUGGACCCCCUAUCAGCGGCGCCGGCGGUGGUGGUGGUGGGGUAGGGGACCUGUUUGCCAUGAUGGGCGGCCAGAAUAAGGAGGACCGGACGGCCUUCAACCGGCUGGUGUCCAGCAUGAGGGCCUCGGGCAACCUGCCAGCUGCUAAGAUGCCACCCCCUGUCGAGGGCCGUUCCCUGUCCCCCAUCGAGGUCCAGCUCCUCCGUCAGCGUUUGACGCCCUCCCCACAGCCCCCGGCCCAGCAGCUGUACGGUCCCGGCCAGCCCUCCCCUCACCACUCCAUCAGGAGCACUCGGGACCCCGCUGUUGCGGCAGCCGCUGCUAACAUGGCAGCCAUGAUGGCUGAGAGUCAGCACCAGCAACAACAGCAGCAUGGAAUGAUGAUGGGGAACCAGGGAAGACGGCCACCAGCCCAGGGGGUUCCCCCCACCCUGCUGGUGCCAGACAUUGUUAACAGAAUCCCCUCACCCAUUGACCAGGAAGUCAUGGCUACCCUUAUGGCCCAGGGCACGCCCUCCUCCCAGGACCGCCAGCCCCAUCUCCUGAAGCCCACACCCACCAACCAGCAGGAGGUGAUGAAUGCCCUGCUGCAGCAGGCCUCUGCCAACCCCACCCUGGCGGCCGCCCUGCGCACCCCGGCCGGGGUUGCGCCCCAGGCGGGCAUCAGCCCGGUGGGGCGGGUGCCGUCGCCGGCGAUCCCGCAGGAUCUGCUGCACCAGGCAUUAUUGCAGCAGCAGCAGCACACGCCUAGAACGCCGUCGCCAAUAGCUUUUGGCCAGCAGUCCCCCCUCCCCGGCGGCCGGAGCCCUAUCCCCUUCGGCCUGCCAGGGGCCACCUCCCCUCUCUUACCCAAUGCCCGCUCCCCAGUCAUUCCAGCUAGCCCAACAACCACCCCUAUCCGGCCCCGUGUGCCAUCCCCUCAAGAGCUGGCCAAGCACACCCAGAAUAUCCUGCAGCAGGCGUUAAUCAAGAGACAGCUGGAGUUGCAGAAGGAGAAGUUCAUUGCUCGGGAAUCUGCCAGAUCCAAGUCUCCAGUGCCAUCUAUCCAAGGUCCUGGCACCUUGGCUGGUCAGAUGCCGGCAAGCUCUGCCGGGCAGACACCCUCCCCCAGUGCCAUGUCCCCACAAGUCCAGACAAAGUCGAUGCCUAAGAUCAAUGCCACGGCCUUCACGCCCACGUCAGUGAUUCGCAAGUGGCACGAGACACGGGCUGAGGCCAAGAUGGCUAGCAGCGCCGAAGCCAAGAAGGAGAGUGACUUGAAGGAUGCUGACUGGAAAGCCACAGACAACUUGUCAGGUUCACCAAAGCACACCCCCGUUAGGGAUAAACAAGCCCCUAGCAUUCAGACCCCAACAGUGACCCUCACCACUGCCACACCCCCACGCUCCUCAGCGUCGUCUGAGCCCGGAGUGGGCGGGGACUCCACGGGAGUGGACGGCAGCACCUCCAAGCAAGACGGAGGUCUGUCGCCGAUGCACAAGGCCAGGGAGCUGCAGGGCGGGGAACCAGGCGAGCAUCACCGAACACCCCCAAGGCCGCCCAUGCUACAGGAGGAGAAUCAGAUCACGAUUCAGAAACAGCAGCAACCGCAGAGAAUGCAAGAGCAACAGCCGACCGCGUCACAUUCCUCACCAUCCAGACACCCUGCCAAACAUGUGGAGCACCAACAGCAACACCAGGCCAACCAGCAGCAGCCAGGCUCGGACCACAGCUUUGCUGUGGACGGCAGGAGCCGUGGUCCCCCGCGCCAGCCCACCAGGCCCAGCAGCCACUCUCCGAUUCCCCCCGGCGUGGGCGGUCACCGCGGGGUCUCUCCUCGCCCCCCGUUUGGCCCCGGGGGCUUACCGCCCAGGAUGAAUCCUAACAUGAUGGGGUCACCGGCCGCUGCCCAAGCUCAGGCCCAGGCCCAGGCAGCAGCGCUGGCUCAGGCAACCCUGCUCCGUGGGGCAUUAUUCCAACAAGCCAGUGGCAUGCCUCCACCUAUGAGAGGAGGAGCACCGUUCCCUCCAAUGCAGCAACAGGCGCAGACCCUUCCCAACAUGCCUCCCCCCAUGGCCUCCAUGCAGAUGCUGCUGAGUCAGAUGAAUGCCCUCCCUGGGGCCAAUCCCAUGGCGGCGUUAGUAGCUGCCGGAAUGCAGCAGAAACAGCAGCAGCAGCAGCAGCAGCCAUCUCAACAUCGACCGCCGCACGCCAAUCAACAGCAGUUCAACCAGCAAGAUAUGUUCAAGCACAUGCCCGAGAUGUCGGUACCGCAGCAUCAGUCUCAUCACUUGCAACAGCAACAACAUCACCAGCAGCAACAGCACCAGCAGCAGUCACACCGUCCCCAGCACCACCCCCAGUUUGUCUCCCCACCCCAGUCCCACAACCACAUCGAUGACAGCGGCAUCGGCAUGAACGGUGGCGGUGGCGGCGGCGGCAUUGGUGACGCUCGUCACUCCCCAGUCAACCAACUGGCCAAGUGGUUUGGGGCCGACGUACUGAGCAAGCCCCUGCCCCAGAUGGGGCCCGUGCUGCCCCAGGGCCAGAAGGUCAUGUCCGUGGAGGAGUUGGAACGCCAGCAGCAGGUGGUGGGCUGAGGACAAGAGGUCGCGGGGCCAAGGGAUGAGGUCAGAGUUUGCCUCAUAACAGGCCGAUCUGAUAAGGUAAGCAUCAACAACAUGAUGUUUAAGUUGUAUAUUGUUUAUUUACUGGCGUCUUGCAACAAAGCAGUGGUCGGAAAGCAUAGAUAAGGCCAACGGAGGUCAGGGGUCAUUCAUAUUAGGGUGUUUCAACAUACAACGUAAAAGUGUAUCAGUGAACAGAUGCGGUCACUAACGUGAAUGUGAUCCAUUGUCGGGCGCGGAUUGGAAUCCCCUGUGAAAAAAUACCAAUUGAACGAUCUUUCUCUCUGAGAAUUUUGCAUUUAGUGUUUGACAGAAAAACUGUACACAUAUGUAAAUUAUGUAAAGUAUCGUAUUUGUGCAAGAUUUUUCCUCUUUUUUUUUCCUGUAGGGAUUUUCUUUCGUCUUUCUUCUUUUUACUGUUAAUGAUGGAAAUGUCGAUAUUGUCUGCAAAAAUUGUGCAUUUUGGAGAAGAAAAAAAGUCAGCCAGACUAAUGUCCCGGCCAGUGAGAGGUUUUUCGGUUUUCUUGGAUGUCAAAGUGAUACUGUGACCUUUAAGAAGGAGUUUCCAUUUUUGUUGAAUGUGAUUUGCUUUUUUCUUCUGUGGAUAAAAAAAAAACUUGUAUUGAAGCCAAAAUGUAAUGUCUGGCAUUGGUGUAGUUGAGAUUGACGUUAAGUGCGCACUUGUGGUAUUUUUACAUUCUGUUUUGUGUAGAUCCAUAAUUCAUCAUUUAUUUCAAGUGAAGUUAAACCCUAUAAAGAGAAAUUGUGAGAAGAGAGAAGUAGGUUUACUAUGGAGAGUUGCCAGAUCUUUGAGUUAGUGUCACUGUCUUCUGACAAAUGUAGCUCUGAAUGAGAGAGAGAGGUCAUUACUGUUAUAAAGUUCAGUUUGUUUAUACCGAGAUGAAAAAAAAAAAGAAUGUGAAGAUUAAUGUAUAUAGACAAGGAAAACAAAUUGUCAGUGUUCAAACAGUUGUAAAUAUUGUACGACUUUUUUUUUUUUUGAAGAAGAAACGUGAAGCCCUUACAGAAGUUGUACCUUAAAAAAGGUGACCGACUAAUAGAUUCCUCUCUUUGUGGAGGGGGUAAAUGGAGUGGAUUUAGCUGUUUGCGUACUGCUCAGUUGAAAUGUGUUUGUUCCAUGCAGUCUUGGAUGUUAUUUAGGUUUCUUUCGUUCGCACGCUGGCAAAUGACUUUGUGAUGGUACCUUUUGUCACCUGUUCAUUGGAGUCCAACGUGGGGCGACACGAAGUGAUGGUUUCUUCGUGGUCGGUUUAUUUCAUGUGUUGUGCAGGGUCAUCAGCCUGUGAAAAAAAAAAGAAUUUGAGGCAAUUAAUUUAUUUUUGUUGUUGUUGAAGGCAUGGGUUUUUUGAAUUAGAUUUGGUUUCGACUGAUUUUGUCGGUGGUGGGUUUGCAUGACUUUAUAAUACUCGUAGUGGCGAGGUAUUGUUUCCCCCUCGUCCUUGUGACGACUCAGAGCCUUAUGACCCAAAUGCAUUCUGAGGUACUGCCUUGGACAUGCAUGUUCCCGCUUAACCGGUCAUUUGACGGUCAUGUUUUUUUUUCACAACCGGGGGAAAAUGGGCGGUGGUCUUGCAGUCCAACACAGAAGACCCGUAGACAGGUGUAAUGCUAAUGCCAAGUAUAUGACUGGCCUUGUGUGUGAAAAAUAUCCCAGAAUAUAUUUGUAGAAGUUAUUAGGAUUAUCUGAAUAUACUGUGUCUUACAGGUCUCUCCCUUCAUCAGAUUGGGAGAAGGUACUCAGUUAUGAAAUCUCAAGAUACAGGAAGGCAUGGGGCAAAUGUCAGUACAACAGGAUGACAUCAGUACUCUGAUAUUGAUUGAAAUAGUCUUAUUUUGACUGUUCUAACCCUAGCCUCCUUUUGCUAGGGACCCUCCUCAAAUCCUCCAAUUUGGGAGGGGGGUGAAAAAAUUAGAUUCUCCCUCAAUUCUUUGAAAUCCCCUAAAAUUUCUUGAAAUGUUACUUGGAGGUGUGCCAACUGCCUCAAUCCUUCAAAAUCCUCCAGCAAUUCCCAUCAUUGUGUUCAGGCAGUGAGAAUGGUAUUCUUGAGCAGUGUGAGUGAUUCAAAAGAAAUAUCGGGCUGGAUUUAUGCAUGAUGAAGCAAAAACAAACAACACAAGGUCUAACCCACGACCUUCAAGCAUGGAAUUUGCAAUCUGCCAUACACUUUUGCCAUUCAUCCAAAAUCCCCCAAAACUGCCAAAGGAUUUUGGAGGAUCGAGAAAGGUUAGAGUUAACGACCAUCACGUACCUGCAUGUGUGACGUGCCACUUUGAACUUUGUACAUGAGAAAUUAUUGUUCAUUCAAACCUGUAUUAUUGUACGGUGUCCCAGAAUGUUUAGCAAAGAGCUUUUUUUUCACAGUUCACCCAAAUACAUGUACUUAUGCAGCUCUGUGUUAAUGAAGAACGAAACGUUUGUGAAAACUCCACCACUGAAAAUAGAUCCCUGAUACUUUCAAGUUUUGUAUCGUACAGAAUGUUCUUUUGUAAUGGUUUUUCCACGAUUAAUAGUCUGUGUAUUUGUAAAUGUUCACCUUCGUAUACUCCUAGUCUAAUGAAAUUUUGUUGUUGAAAAGUUAUUGUAAAAAAGUGGACAAAAUUUUUUUCUAAUGGCUUAAUGAAGGGUAAAAAGCCCGAAUAUGUUGCUUGUGUUGUCAACAAGUUGUUUUAUUUAAAAAUGUGUAGUAACAUAAGAAGACAAGGUGUCGUUACUUGUGGUCUUGUUACAUCCAAAAGUGGUUUCAUUUUUCUGAGUUUGGGUUGUGAAUGUACUUGAUUUGUUUAAAACGAGAUGUGGAAAGUUUUCGUCCGCGACAUUUUGUUCGGUCACCCUCUGUGGUCCAGAGUUAAAGGGAUUGCCAGAUGUUGCCGCCAAAAAUGCACUCGUCAAAUCUUUGAUAGUCAUUAAUAUCACACUACAUCAAUUGCAAGUCUCCUUUUGAAACCGCCCUUUGAUUAAAAAUCCAACAAGUUUGGUUAUAGAAAAGAGCAGUUUACCGAGUGAUGAAGGGAUUUGGACGGUUUCCUUUGAAGUUUGUCUUGAAUGGGAUUUCGUAAUCAUUGGUUCAUCUGCAAACCUGGUGAACAUACAAGAUCUGGCUUCUUUAAAGGGUGCCGUGUGUGUCGGAGAGACCGACUUUUUUUGUGAAUAUUUUGGAGGAGGUUAGAAAAACCGAGGUGCAUGUUGGAGUACCAAAGUUGACCAGGGCUCUUUGUGUCAUGUUGUAAGUGCAAAGUAUAGACACAGAGUGGGAAACCAUGAAAUUGCUUCAUCUCCAUAUGCUGCAUUGAAUAAUUUUGCCGAUCUGCAUUGUGGUUUGUCUUUUGUUUUUAGUAAGUUGUGGCUAUGUGGUAAUCUGUCAGAACUGUCGUCCAUUUGUAAAAGGUAUGUCAAAAAUCAGGCCGAAUUGGGUACAGCUAGGGAUGGAAGAAGCAGUUGACAAUGACCUGCGUCUGAUUUUCAUCCCUUUUGACUUCUGGGAUUUUUCUUAUUUGUUUGAUGUUUUAAAAGUCCUUUUUCAAAAGACCCAAUUAAAAAAAGGUAACAUUUGACAUAGCAAGUGGUGUAUUUGACAAAUAUUGCACUUCCCAAAUCUGACGUAUUACCCACAUUUUCCCGAUUCUGACAUACUACGUCAAAUAUAUCAUGUACAAAAUGUGAACUGUAUCCUACAUUUUAGGUCAUCUCAAUGGCAUUAAACAACAGUGGUAAAAUAAAUGAACAUUGGAGUUUCCUUAAGAAGGGAGUAUUUGUACUCCCGUUAGUCAACUGUUCAAUUUGUCCUUCCAAAAAGGUAUUAAGCUUGAAAAGAUUCACAAUUGAAAUUGGUCAUUCGAUUUCCACUCUCUACUUAUGUUUUGUCUCAUCUCUGAAUGAUACAAUUGUUCACUAAUUGUAUUCCAUCCAUAUUAACUUCUUGCUUUGAUCUUAUUGAUUGACGGAGUGAGUGUACAUUACUUCCCGUAUGCAUGCAAAAUCAAGCAGUCUUGAAGAGCAGUACAUAUGUUUUCAGGUAUCGCCAUGAAUUUUUGUAGUAUGUCACCGUUUCACAGCAUUUUGAAUGGGUCCUAGCUUUCACCCUUGACUUUGGACUUGUGUGUACUGGUAUUUAUCAUGCUUUCUGGAUAUUUACAGAAUUAAAAGACGAUAACACUUGAUCAGCAACUA